CAGCCCGUAGCCAUGGCAGCGGGAUUUUAUUACACCUCCCGGACUUUAGCCCUGAACCGCCCGCGGCAGCGGCAGCGGCGCCUCCGCUCCCCGGGACCCCCAAACCGCGCGGAUUGUCCCCAAAACCAUGGCAAAGUUUCUGUCCCAGGAUCAAAUUAACGAGUUCAAGGAGUGUUUUUCGCUGUACGACAAGAAGCAGAAGGGGAAGAUCAGAGCCUCGGAGCUGCUGGCGGUGAUGCGGUGCCUGGGAGCCAGCCCCACGCCGGGAGAGGUGCAGAGACACCUGCAGCUGCACAGGAUCGACAGGAACGCGGAGCUGGAUUUCUCCACCUUCCUGACCAUCAUGUACCGGCAGAUGAAGCAGGAGGAGCCCGAGCAGGAGAUCCUGAGGGCCCUGGCCAUGAUGGACAGGAGCAAGAGAGGAGUGAUCACCGUGCCCGAGCUGCGCGCCAAGCUCACCCGCCUGGGGGAGAAGCUUUCCGAGGAGGAAGUGGAUGAUCUGCUGAAAGAGGCCAAGGUGGGGCCCGCUGGAACCAUCAACUACGAGGAGUUCGUGCGCCACAUCUGCCUCCCUUCGGUCGACUACUGAAAUCCCGAGGAGAUCUGCAAAGAGCAGCACCUGAAGGGUUUUUAUUUCUGCUUUUCCCGGUUUCUAGUCGGACUCAGGAACCAGCAGCUGCCUUUCAAAACCCGAUUUUGCCUUAAUUUAGUGCUGACACUUCCAUAGGCUCCCUUCUGAUUGUUUCUGGAAAAACAAGGUGUGAGCUGUCAUUGAAAUAAACUGAGUGUAACAACGCG